AUGGAUGAAGACAAUGAGGAAGAUAACGACCCUCAUCAUCACGAGUUGUCGGCCAUCAACGAGCUUCCUGAGCGAGAGCGGUCGGACGACAAAGACAGCACGAGCGCCUACAACACCGGGGGGGAGAGCUGCCGCAGCACGCCAUUGGUCAGCACCGAGCAGAUCCCCCCUCUCCAGGAAGAGGAAGAUGACAGAGGAAGACGACUGAUGUCUCCGCCUCCUCUCCUCCCCCUCAGCCGCCUCCCUCCUCUGAACUCCCCCCUCACCCCGCGGCGCCACAGGAGGGAGAGAGACAGAGAGCGACGUCACUCCAACCUCAGCGGAUCCUUCUCCCCCAGCACAUACAGGAAGAUCGAAACAGCCAAUGGCAACGUGGCAAACGGCUCAAGCUCCACCCCCUCCACGCCCUCCAAGUUCAGGUCUCUGACCAGAGAGGCGGGGUCAUCUUCACGAAGAGGCGUGGCUGACGGAGGGCAGGGCUCCAGAGCAGGUGGCACUACAGGAGGAGGAAGUGCAGAGUCCAGUCCGUAUUUCACCAGGAGACGCCAGAGCCAGCACAAACCUCUGGAGCGCUACCAGAGCUGCAUGACGCUCCCCUCCGAGGGCCUGGUGGAGCCUCUGGACCGGGGGAGGGACAGAGCGAGGGUGGAGGAGAGGGGGAUGGGGACGGGCAGCAGCGGGCCCGGCAGCCCCAGGAGUGUGAACAGCGCCCCCUGUGGUCUGGAGGACCGAUACACUCGCGCCUCGCGGUUAGGACUCGCUCUACCGCUCGGGAUGACGCACUCAUCGCCGACUGCCUCACCACAGCGCAUGGAGUGGAAGGUAAAGG